ACUUAAGUGAAGAAUGAUGCUGUCUCUGGUCCAAGCUGAGAAGAUAAUGAGAGCAUCUCCGGCACUCUCAGUCUCCUUAACUAUUCCACUGCCUCUUGCUUCAACCAGAACUCGUUUCUCCAGCGAACCUCUUCGAUUCAAACAACAUGUUUCGAACACUCACUUCUUCUCACGACCAGUACGUCUCCUCUCGAAGCAACCUAUCGUACGAUGGAGCUUCUCUUGCCAAUGCCGAAACAGAGGAAGAAAUUACUCGAAGUUUGAUGAUGAAGGAGAAGACUUCAUCGUGGUGAACUUCUAUCGCUUUGUAUCAAUACAAGAUCCCGCCGCUGAGAUUGCAAAGCACCUCUCUUUCUUACAGGAUUUGAAUAUACGUGGUCGGAUAUAUCUCAAUGAACAAGGAAUUAACGCACAGUACAGUGGACCAUCUAAAGACGCUCUUUCAUAUGUUGAAUGGUUGAAACAAGAUGAGAGGUUCUCGGAUAUACUUGUCCAGGUGUCUCCUGCUAUCGGUAGGCAUGCUUUCCCUAAGUUGAAGCUGCAGAACAAACCUUCCUUAGUGCAGUAUGAGGGAGGAAUUUCACACCUUCCUCUACUUGAUCCACCGAUGCGAGCAAAGCCCUUAGAACCAUCUGAAUGGAAAGAGAAGCUGAAAGACAUAACGGAUGGUGACGGUGAAGCAUCACCUUCAGAUAGUGGCAGAAGCUGCAUAUUAUUGGAUGUCAGAAACGGUUAUGAGUGGGAUGUUGGUCAUUUUCGUGGGGCACGUAGACCUGAAGUUGAUUGCUUCCGAAACACUUCUUUUGGGCUAUCUGAUGAAAAGGAAGCUCCUUCAGACCCUUUGAUAAAUGUUGACAAGGAAAAGACAGAUAUACUGAUGUACUGCACUGGAGGUAUACGUUGCGAUGUAUAUUCCACAGUUCUGAGACAGCGGGGUUUCAAGAACCUGUAUACACUGAAGGGUGGAGUUUCCCAUUAUCUUGAGGAAGAAGGCACAUCUGAAUGGGUUGGGAAUCUUUUUGUGUUUGACUCUCGUCUCUCUCUUCCACCAGCUGCCUACAAUAAUAAUACCGUGGAUGAAGCCAAAAUAACUCCACAAACGCCUGUGGAUACAAGUUUUGCAAGAUGCUAUAUUUGUGAUUCACAAGUUCAUGAACUGAGACAUCGGAACUGUGCUAACCUCGAUUGCAAUCUGCUCUUUUUAUGCUGUGCAGAAUGUGUGGUCAACUUGAAGGGAUGUUGCUGUUCAGACUGCGUUACUGCUCCCAGACUGAGACCUGUCUUGCAUGGAAUAAAGAGAUAUGAAAAAUGGCAUGUGUAUCGCGAUUCAUAAAUGCAAAAUGCGCCUGGUACUCAUGCCUUGCCACUUCAAAAUUAUGUUCACUGCAUCUCUGUGAUGCUCAUGGUGUUUCGUCUGUUCUACAAUGGGCAAGUGAUCCGAUGUGAAGCAGAAGCUAAUGCAUAAAGUUCUUGAAGCAGAAGCUAAUGCAGGAAGUACUGUUCAAUUUUGUUAAGUUUUUGGGUGUGAAACUUGUCAAUAUUAAAAUUUUCAUUUCAACAUGUCCAAACAAAGCUUGUAGAGCAAUUCACAACUUAAUUUAUCUGC